GCUUUUUUUUUUUUUUAUUCCUAAAGGAGGAGGUCUGUCCACAAGUGGAGGGAGAGAAGGAUCAGAAAUGUAUGUGGACAUCAGCUGUCAAUGUGAAGGACAAGUUCAUUUAUGCCACACAGCCUCUGCUGAACAGGCUGCUCAUUGUAGACAUCCAAUCCCAGAAGGCUGUUCAGACUGUGAGCACAGACCGGGUUCCAGUGAAGCUGCACUAUGACAAGUCUCAUGACCAGGUGUGGGUCCUGAGCUGGGGAGAUCUGGAGAAAAACUUUCCAACCCUCCAGGUGAUCAGCCAGGCCAGUGGGAGCACGUCCCAUCACACCAUUCACACCCAACCAGUCGGCCAUCGCUUCGACAGGGUGGAGGAUUUCUUCAUUCCUCCCAUCAGCCUCACCAUCAAUCACAUGAGGUUUGGUAUUAUCCUCCACAAGAAUGAACCAGCUCUUCAUAAGAUCGACUUGGAAACCACCUCCUAUGUGAAAAACAUUAGUCUGCAGCAGUAUGAUUGCAUCCCACAAUCCCUCGCCUACACACACCUUGGCGGAUACUACUUCGUCAACUGUUGGCCGGACUCAACAGGUGCGGUACGACCACAAUUAAUCAUCGAUAGCGUAACAGACAAUGUCAUCGGUCCAAAUGGGGAUGUGAGCGGCACGCCUUAUGUCUCUCCUGAUGGCCACUAUUUAGUGAGUGUGGAUGACCGUGACGGGCUAAUGCGCUUGCAGCCCGUGUCCGUGCGGGGUGAGAUCGGCCAACCCUUUGACAUUCACACCAACCUGCACCUGUCCGAUCUGGCCUUCAUGCCCUCGUUCACCGAGGCUAACCAGUAUAACGUGUUCGGCAGCUCAGGCCGGCAGACAGAUGCUCUUUUUGUGGAGCUCAGCACCGGUAAUGUCAAAAUGAUCAAGAGCCUAAAGCAGCCCACGUCAUCGGCGCAGUGGCCUUGGAACCGCCAGAACAGGGUCAUGACUGGCAGUGGGCUGUUUGGACAGUAUCUCAUGACCCCGUCUCAAAGCUCCCUGUUUAUACUGGAUGGGCGGCUGGAUAAACUCAACUGUGAGAUCACUGACGUUCCCUUGGGAAAUACUGUGGUGUGGGUGGGAGAGGCGUAGGGCAUCUUAAAUGGGCUUGAGAGGGAAACAAACAAACAGGUUGCACUGAAUUUGAUCUCUGUUUAAUUUUUUGAGAAUAAAAAAGUCUCACAAAAAACAAAAUUGACUUUUCAAAAACCUGCAUUGGAAAAGAGAACUUGGGAAAUGCUUGUUUUUGAAAACUCUGUCAGGUUUUUGAGUCAAAUAGCUAAGUAGUUUCUCCAAAAAAUAUUAGGUGGUGUCAAACUAGCAUUGGUAUUUUCUAGCAAAGAAGUCAGCAGGAAUCACUUCGUUUGAAGGUGAGAAUUGUUCAAACGAAUCAACUCAACUGAUACGGACUCAGAAAAACUGUAUUUUUAAUGACAUCUUUUAAGCAUAAUAUUUCCUCAUUUCCCCGCUAACAUUUAAUACAUACACAAAAUGCAUUCGGCCCAUUUUUUUCCAGUGCCUUGAAGGAAUACGCGCUAAAAAAGAAAGCAAACAUAAUUAUUCCCCCCGAGCCUGUGGAUUAAACCCUCCUUGGCUUUCUCACACAGAGUGAAAACGAGAGCUACACUUAAAUUUCACCUGUUUAUAACUCCCACAGACCCCGAGGCAUAUCUGGCUUAUUAAAACAGCAUCGUGCUGAGAAACUGUCACCUACUGUGGAUAUUGAGAUAUCGGUAAUGAUGUGUUUGACAACUGAGAAUCUCUAUGAAAAGUUUGGGUGUAAGAAUGAUGACACUGAGAAUUGUCUGAAGUCUUUGUGUUGAAGCCCCAAUUAAAACCUACAAGAAAAUCAAAACUGGUUAGAUCAGUGAACAAAUGAGAAUGAGUCUGUUAUACAACAGAAAACAUAACAUGCAUAGGGACAGUUAUGAUCCUGUAUAAUCUUAGUAAGAGAGGAUGUAGAGUUUCAAGGGAACAUAAAGAAUCAAGUUUUAGUUGACUCAGCAGUCACAGCCACUGCCCUAAGAGUCCGCUUUCAGUAACUGGUGCGUUGCGUGGUGUGAUGUUAGACAUAAUUUAUGCAUUACAAGGAUUAUAUAGCUGGGAAACAUUUAUUUAAGUGUUUGAGAGUCACAAUGCUACAAGAGCACGAACAAAGGAAUCUUUUAGUGUCAGUAGGAAGCACAAGCGUGUGCUCACGAUGUUGAAUUAUUUCCUCAAUGGACAGUCUAUGCAUUUUCAUUGACACGCCAGCCAAUGGGCUGCAUGAAUUGAGCUUUUCCCCCCCAAAUUAGUUACGUUUAUGUUUUUAUGUUUUAGUUUUAGAUUUUGUAUAUUUUGUUAAAAUGCAUAUGAAAUGGCUUUUUAUUGACUGUAUUUUCCUUAUUCCCUGAGUAACCAUGACUGUUUUGCUUUUUAGUGACUUUUACUUUUACUUGUGUUCUGUAAAUAGCAGGUUGGUCUACGCUCACAUACAACAACAAUAGCUAGCCGAAAUCAU